UGUCAAACAGAAAUCUACGCCUUUGAUUUAUGUGUUCAGCAAAGUCAGAAAAAAUAGUUUAAUGCGUUACUGAUCAGCAUAAAUUACCAUUGCCAAUGAAAUAACUUAACUACUGAUUUUUAUUUUCAGAAUAUGAUGGAUUGGUUUUCGUCGAAAUGUGCCUGCAUGAAAGGUCGUAGGAGGCCGGUCAUCAACUACGAGUAUUCAGAGAGUGAUUCAAAAUCCGUGUCCGACAUCGAGUUGAAGGUUUCGAGCGAGCCACCCAAAAAACUCAUUUUACCGAAGAAGAGAAAUUGUUGGAAAAUCAAGAGGCAUAUACCGAGGACAAUUCUCAGAUGGAUUGGGCAAGACGACGAAAUGAGUAUGACGAAAAUCGAAAAAACCAUAAAAGCUUCGCUACUCAUCCAGAAAUGGUACAGGAGAUAUAUGGCGCGGCUGGAAGUGAGACGGCGUUACACCUGGACAAUUUUCCAGACUCUGGAAUACGCGGGAGAACAGGACCAAGUGAAGUUGUACAACUUCUUCAAUGCAUUAUUGACACACAUUCCUCAGUCGGAUCGAGAGAUCGAUUCUACUGAAACUUCUAGAAGCUCUUCCUUAGAAAAUCUUAAUUUACAAUUUGACGAUGAAUCUCCAGAUGAAGAAUAUUACGAACCAGAAGAAAAGAGGAAAUUAUCAAACUUCAUUCUGGAGUAUCCCUAUACGGAAAAAGCUAUCCUUCAACUGAUAGAGAUAUUUCGAAAACAUCGACAUUUUCGACUGCCACCAAAAGACGUAGCAGACAUUCUGAAGAGAUCCAUCAUAUCCUUGAAAAAACUACCCAACAUCAACAUUGCCUCAACGGGGAUUUCAAAACAAUUGACGGUGUGUGGAGACCUCCAUGGAAAAUUUGAUGAUCUUCUAGUUAUCCUACAUAAGAAUGGCCUUCCGUCUGUGGAUAAUCCUUAUGUGUUCAACGGAGACUUCGUGGACAGAGGAAAAAGAGGUCUGGAGGUGUUUCUGAUACUUUUGCUUUGCCUACUGGCUAUUCCCGGAGCAGUUUAUCUCAAUAGAGGGAAUCAUGAAGACAUCAUAAUGAACCAAAGAUAUGGUUUCAUACGGGAAGUUCAGUCAAAGUACAGGAAAAAUCAUGAAAAACUAUUGAAACUCAUCGAAGGAGUAUACAGGUAUCUUCCUUUGGGAUCGAUUGUCAACAAUAAGGUACUGAUAGUUCACGGAGGAAUUUCGGAUAGUACGGAUUUGGAAAUGAUCAGGAGUUUGGAUAGGGGCAAGUAUGCUUCACUGCUACGCCCUCCUUUAAGCGAGAGUUCAGCUCCAGGAUCUGACGUUAUCAACAAAGUAGAAUGGAAACAGGUUUUCGAUAUCCUGUGGUCGGAUCCCCAAGAAAACAAGGGUUGUGUUCCAAACAGUUUACGUGGAGCAGGUACUUAUUUCGGUCCAGAUGUCACAAAAAAGUUUCUGGAACAGAACAAGUUACUUUACAUCAUCAGAUCACAUGAGUGCAAACCUGAUGGAUAUGAACUUUGCCACAAUAAUUCUGUAAUAACAAUUUUUUCUGCAUCAAAUUACUAUGAAGUUGGGUCAAAUAACGGUGCAUACAUGAAGCUAGUCGGUCCAGAACUCGACACACACUACGUACGAUACAUGGCUAAUUCCGGCAAGAGAAAAUUGACUUUUUAUCAAAGAAUGGGAUUAGUUGAAUCUGGAGCUGCCAGAGAACUGAAAAUGCAAAUCAUGAAUAAUAAAACGAAGCUAGAAGAAGCUUUUGCAAAAGCUGACCCUGAAGAUACAGGUUACAUAUCAAUAACCCAGUGGUGCGUAGCUUUACAAGAGGCUACAGGAUUGCAACUUCCUUGGAGAAUGCUCAAAGACAAAUUAGUUACUAUAGACCCGGACACAAAUCUAGUCAAAUAUCAAACAACAUUCGAUGUUAAGAGUGAAAAAUUGAAUUCUGUGCAAGGUGCCCAUUCCGUUGUUGAAACUCUAUACAGAAAUAAAACCAGUCUAGAAGCAAUAUUUCGUAUCAUAGAUAAGGAUAAUUCAGGUUAUAUAAGCCUCGAUGAGUUCUCUGAUGCUUGUAAUCUAAUAAAGGAACACAUGCCUUGUCCGAUGACUGCGGAACAGUUAGAAGAAAUAUGCAAACUGAUGGACUUGAACAAGGACGGUUUGGUAGAUCUGAACGAAUUUCUCGAAUCGUUCAGGAUGGUGGACCCAGAAAGCAAGCAGAAGAACCAACCAGGUUCACCAGAACCAUCCCAAGCGAAUAACACGAGCCAAAAUCACAAUAAUCUUCAACCAAGUGAAAAUCAAGAGCCUCUACAGUGCCCUCUAUUAACUCCGCCCCAAAAGCUCACUUUGAAACCUUUGUCAGAAAAUGCCUCCGCAAAUGGGAUGCCAAAAAUCAAAGACAAAAUCCAAGAGAAAGAAAGCAACAUCAAAGUGCAAAUACACAGUCCACCCAAAGAUGAACCCGACAUCAACGACCAGAUACCGGUGACACAUAAUAAUUUGCAAAUGUCUCCAGUAUUGAGUAGCAGAAGAGGUUCUCAAAUCUGAGGAGGAUGUUCAUAUCAGAAUCUGAGGGAACAAAAUAAUUUGGUUCAGUUCUCAAAUACUUGAAGGGAAUACCACACUACGGUGGUACCAACGAGUGUAGAAUUCUCUUCAAAGGUUUUAUGUGUCAAGUAAUGGGGUCAUUAUUAUAAUUCAGUGCGGAAAUCGGUGAAAGGAAUUAUAUUUCGAAACAUAUGUCUGAAAACUUAGUAUGGAGAUGAUGUCUAGCUGACGGUGUUUUCAGGGGUUGUUUUCAGAUCUAAUACCGUUUACAACAAUAUGGAAAAUUGUGAAUCAGUCCGUUUUUUCUCUAAAACUGAUAUAUAAAAAGGUUUUAGGGCUGGAGAAACUAUUUAUUGUACGUUUAUGAUUCAGGGAACUGUUUGUGAGAAAAUUACACAGGUGAAGUACAGUUCAGUAACUGAAUAGGAUGGUAACGAUAUUUCUAUAUUUCUCCUGUAUUUCAAUAGAAACGUUGAACAAAACAGUAAUGCGAAACUAUACUAUGAUUCUUCUUAGAUCGAGAAGAUAUGUAUUACCAUAGCCUGGUGAGAACAAGAGGAUAAUGGCCAUAUUAGUCGAUGCCGUUAACACCAUUGCCGUUGACAUCUGUCAAUUACUAUAUAUCAUUUGAUGAUAUAUUGAUAAUGUCAAAAACUAGAUUUUUACGUGGUGGUAGCUUGUCCCGAAACCGAAUGGGAAUGAACAAAAAACUCACCAGUCUAAUUAAUGGUGAAACUAGGAUAUGGUGAAAUCUGAUGUGAGCUGAGUGUUCUUUGAAAAGAGUUUCAAUGGCCCACUUAGUCUGACCGAUAUAUUUGUUGGAUAUAUUUCUUAUAUCCCCCAGUUUUCAUUUUCCAACAACUUGUCUUCAGGGUUACCAAACAUUUGUUGAGUCAAAAUAAGCAAGAAGUAUUGAAGGUUACUUUCAACUCUUCAUUAGAAUAAGGUCAAAUAUUAUUACAGCUGAAUGAAGGACAUUAUAUCGGAUAAAUUGAAAUGACUUUAAUGAACACCAAUAUAUGGUCUGGUUAAUACUAGAAAGUCAUGAUUCUCUGAAUAUCGAUUUAAAUGACAACUUGAACUUUCGAAAGGUUUAAAUAUACUUCAGAGUUCGUCUGAGAAAUGAACAAAGCAAAAUCGAUAAAGAAUCUGCUGAAGUGGAAUAAAGGGAAAACUGUAAAGUUCACUUCGAAAAGUUACUGAACCACCGAAGAGUCCAGUUAGUCGGGGGAUUGGCUGUCCUUGUUCAUCUUUCAUGGCCUGAAUCACUGUGCAUGCUGUUUU